AUGAUCAGCCGCCUUAGUUUCCUGACCUCUGAUGCACUAGGUAUCACAGGCAGUGUAAGCCUAAAUACACCAACUCUCCUGAGUUCGAAUCCCACCGCGCCGAACAUCACCCAAACAGUGCAGCAAGCAGUUAGUGGCCUGACUGGACUUCUGCCAACCACCUCUGUCGUAGGGUCAAGUCCCUCCACACAAAACAUCAUCCCAACGAUUAGUGAUGCAGUAUCUGGUGUGGUUGAAAAUGUUCUUCCCCCUUCGAACGUAGGUUCAAAUCCAUCUUUACCAAACGUCAUCCCAGCAAUUCAGAACGUCGUAUCUAAUGUGGCAGAAAAUCUACAAACCCCCUCUCUCCUGGAUUCGAACCCACCCCUUCCAAGCCUAGUCCCAGCAUUACAGCAAGCAGUAUCUGAUGUUGUAGACAAUAUACCUGGUUCCUAUGUCGUAAGCUCCAUUCCUAGAGUCAUCCCAUCAAUCAAGGAUGCCUUGACAAAUGUCGCUACGGAAGUUCCAGUUCUCUCACUGAUUAGCGACACGCUUCCUAAAGAGAAACUCUUCAAGAUAGUUAAGCCCGACCAAUGUUGCCGUGUGUACCGCAGCCAUGGCCUUAACCUUCCUCUCAAGGACAGGAAAUGAAAGACAAGAACACAACAGACGGAAACGUGCAAUAAAACAUGACGGAAACUUGCCUGUCUCAAGGAUCAUGGCUACAAGAAACUUAACUUUUAAUUUUAGUCUAUUAAAUAUUUUUUUUGGCACGCAAGUUUUAUUUAUAUUGCUUACAAGUUAAACAACUCAU